GCUCCAUGACAAACCGGCGGGACACGGCUGGGGUCGGGCCCCGGGAGGAGGCGACCGGAGGGGCGGGGCGGGCCUAAGGGCGGCGGGCCGGGUGCGGACGGGCGAGGCGGCGCGGGACGGUCCCAGCUCUUCACCUGGGUCUCCUGUCUGUGGGUGGCCUCCGAGGAGACCAGCAGGAUGGCUGCAAACAAGAACAAGAGCCAGAGCUCGCUGGCCCUGCACAAGGUGAUCAUGGUCGGCAGUGGAGGGGUCGGCAAAUCCGCCCUGACGCUUCAGUUCAUGUACGACGAGUUUGUAGAAGACUAUGAACCUACCAAGGCUGACAGCUAUAGAAAGAAGGUGGUGCUCGAUGGGGAAGAAGUGCAGAUAGACAUCCUGGACACCGCGGGACAGGAGGACUAUGCAGCCAUUCGCGACAACUACUUCCGGAGCGGGGAAGGUUUCCUCUUGGUGUUCUCAAUCACAGAGCACGAGUCCUUUACCGCAACUGCUGAGUUCAGGGAACAGAUUCUCCGCGUCAAGGCUGAAGAAGAUAAAAUACCAUUGCUCGUGGUGGGAAACAAGUCAGACUUAGAGGAGCGGAGGCAGGUGCCCAUCGAGGAGGCCAGGAGUAAAGCCGAGGAGUGGGGCGUGCAGUACGUGGAGACGUCGGCCAAGACGCGUGCCAAUGUGGACAAGGUGUUUUUUGACCUAAUGAGAGAGAUCAGAGCCAAGAAGAUGUCAGAAAACAAAGACAAGAAUGGCAAGAAAAGCAGCAAGAACAAGAAAAGUUUUAAAGAGAGAUGCUGCUUGCUGUGAACGCCAGGACAGCAGAGGCAGCACAAGUCAGUGGCCACCGAGGACGCGGGGCUGGUUUAUAAAGAGAAGACCCUGCUUGACUCCUUUGGCUGUGUCCCCUGCUCUCCCCAACCUCACCCACGCCUCCGUCUUUAAAUGGGAAAAAAAUAUCUGUGGAUCAGUGGCUGGCAGAAGAUGUGAGCCCUUGUCCGUGCAAGGGGAUGGCUUCUUUGUCAGGAGGUUUUGGAGUUUUGUUUUUCCUUCCUCUUCCCUCCUUUCGUUCCCAAAGCUUAACCACAUAUGUAAUGCCACAGGUGGGCAAUAGCCAAGUAUUGAUUACAAAGAGAAAGUGCUGGCAUCGCAUCUUAUUUUUGCCUAGUUUUAUAACAUCACCAUCUUUUGUUUUGAAAAUAAAACUGUCUUAUUUUAUUAGGUUUUGGAGAAGACCCCCCCCUCCCCUUCUUACUCAGAAAAAUCCCUUAAGCUUUACUGACACUGAAAAAUUCAGAGAUUUAAAAAAUAAGUUUCUUUGUCAUAUCCUAUAGACCUGAAGCACAGAAUAAAACAUGAGUUUGAGUCAAUGCCAAGCUCAUAAAUCCUUGUCACACACAAAAAGUGCAAGUUCUAAGUUGUUUUUUUUUGUAUUUAAAUAUUGGCCAAUUGUAGGCUGUUUUUAUUCCAUAGUGUCCUGACUUUGUGUAAAAACUUUUUUUUAGUUGACUAAGUGAAGACUCAAGAGUAGUAUACUUUAUAAAUGACACACUUUUCUAAUCUGGAUAUAGUUUUUGUUUUCUCGUCCCCUGGCUAAGUCCUCUCCUGAGAGCCCAUUGUGUUCUGCUGGACAUACUUACUCCACUCAUAAUUACACUCUCUGUUAUGCCACAGACUUCUCUCUGCCUGUCCAGUCCUCUCCUUUUGUUUCUUUAAGCGUAAAACGAAUUCUUCAGAAGAGUGUGAAGAGUUAAAAUUGUGCUCCCAAAUCAUGAAGCCAGAGCCUGUGCCAGACAUUUCCUACCUCUCCUAGAAUUGCUCAGUGAUUCUAAAGUGAAAUUAAGAAGAAGUGGGAAAGCAAAUCUAGGCUGUGGCCCGUUGCCUCUGAGAAUUGGCUGCUGUUUUUAAUAUAGGUUUUCUUCUAAGACAGCCACAGAGUUAGCUGGAAAAAGAUUUCUAUUGACAAGAUAGUGCUAAUCCUUCUUGUAUCAAUGUUCUAAAUUUAACAAUCAGAAAAUUUUUCAUCAAAGGGUAAUGUGAUAAAAGCCCAGUAUGCAGCAUAUUUUCCCCCCAUUUUCCAGAAAUGACAUUUCACAUAUAGGUGCCAAAAGGGAACUGGGGUGGGGAUAGUGGGAACCUUUUGAAUUUAUGGUUAUUUUCAGAGAUUGCAGAAAUUAUGAUCAGACUGGAAAAUAAUCUUGUAUCACCUCCCAAAGAAUCAUGGCCUGUUUUGAAUAAAAAAAGCAAAUACACUUUUU